ACGCAGACGUGCUACUGGGUAGCGGCUAGUUCCUAUCCUCUGAAGGGACCUUCCUGACGUCACGGUCAUGUGAUAAUAACAUGUGACCGCUCCAUUGCAAAUUCCCCAUUAUUGUGCUGGACAUUCAAACACGCUGACAUACCGCGGAGUACGAGCUUUUCAGUGUAUGCAAUCCCGGAAGAGACUCUCUGGCAAAGGGGCGCCAAAUCUAUAGUUUUUGUAGCCGUAAGUGGGUGCUGCGCGUUUUGGAGUGGAUGAGAGGAAUGCGCAGCUGUAGUUCUCAGGGAGACAGUAACGCGCUUGCAGCUCCACAGAAAUGUCCCGGAACUUUAUGAGAAGCUCUAGUUGGAAUUUUUUGCAGUUGGCACGGUAUGGAAGAACAGCAAACCACUCGCAGUUUUCUUCUUCAAAUAUAUUUUUCCAUCUUGAAGAAGAUGACCUUUCGGGUGAAGAUACCUCUUCAUUGGCAGAUUCACAGGAAGAUUUUGAUUCUGCAAUCUUAUUUGGAAUGUUGAGGGGAAAUGUGGUUGGCUUGCGCUAUUACAGUGGAGUAGUUAAUAAUAAUGAAAUGGUUGCCCUCCAAAGGGAGCCCAACAAUCAAUAUGACAGAAAUGCAGUUAAAGUUAAUAAUGUCAAUGGAGAGCAAGUUGGCCACAUCAAGAAAGAACUGGCUGCGGCGUUGGCCCAUAUCUUGGACCAGAAAAUGGCAAAAAUUGAAGGGGUGGUUCCCUACGGUGCUCAAAAUGCCUUUACAAUGCCUGUAAAUUUGAGCUUUUGGGGAAGAGCAGAAAAUAAACAGGCGGUUUUAGAUCACAUGAUGAAAUAUGGCUUCAGACUUGGCCCCAUUCCAAACAGCUUACAACUUGGUCAUGGAUCCGCAAAGUCCAAGUCCGAGAGAGCUGGACCUAGUUAUAGGGCUCCAAUUCUUCCAGCUGUGCAAAUGACUACUGAACAAUUAAAAACUGAAUUUGACAAAUUGUUUGAAGAUUUAAAGGAAGAUGACAAAACACAAGAGCUAGAACCUGCAGAGACCAUAGGAACACAACUGCUUUCUCACCAAAAGCAAGCAUUGUCUUGGAUGGUUUCACGUGAAAACACUGAAGAAUUGCCUCCUUUCUGGGAAGAGAGAAAUCAUCUAUAUUACAAUACUCUGACCAAUUUUGCAGAAAAGCAAAAGCCAGAGAAUGUCAGAGGAGGGAUUUUGGCAGAUGACAUGGGCCUGGGUAAAACUCUGUCAGUCAUUGCUCUUAUCCUUACCAACUUUUAUGAUGGUCGGCCAUUUCCAACUAAAAAAAUUAAGAAGCAAGAACUCGCAGAAAGUGAUGUGCUGAAGUCUAAUAUGUCACAAAAACAGUUUAAAGCAGCCAAGAAAACUGAACUUUCUACAGACAGCAGAAAGGAAAGUGAGACUUUGUCCCAAGAAGCAUCCAGCAGUCGUCCUAAAAGGCAGAAAGCCAGAAAAACUAAAUACACGUACAGUAGUGCUUCUGAAGAGGAUGAAGCUUGGCUUCCAAGAAAAGUAAAAGCUCCUGCCGAAUGCACUCUCCAUGAUGAUGAUCUGUUUGCUAAUGCUCUUUUUGGGUUACCAACUGCAGUGCGGAAAAAGAAAAACAAAAAAGGGGUCACAGUUUCACAGUCCAUUUCAAAGGCUGGACCAGAAGGACAACGAAGAACAACACUUAUAAUAUGUCCAUUAUCUGUUCUAAGUAACUGGAUUGAUCAGUUUGAACAGCAUAUAAAACCAGAGGUGCAUUUGAAUAUUUAUAUUUAUUACGGUCCUGAACGUACAAAAGACCCUAAAGUCCUUUCAGACCAAGAUGUUGUAGUAACCACAUACAGUGUCCUAAGUUCUGAUUAUGGAAGCAGGAGUGAGAGCCCUCUGCACAAAGUGAAAUGGCUGCGAGUGGUGUUGGAUGAAGGGCACACUAUACGAAAUCCAAAUGCACAGCAAACUCAAGCUGUACUUAGCCUGGAAGCCCAGAGAAGAUGGAUAUUAACUGGCACUCCUAUUCAGAACUCUUUGAAGGACUUGUGGUCUCUAAUAUGUUUCUUAAAACUAAAACCUUUCACCGAUAGAGAGUGGUGGCACCGGACAAUCCAGCGACCUGUUACCACUGGAGAAGACGGUGGACUUUGCCGAUUGCAAGCUUUAAUUAAAAAUAUAACUCUGAGGAGAACCAAAACCAGUAAAAUCAGAGGUAGGCCUGUACUGGAUCUGCCAGAGCGCAAAGUGUUCAUCCAGCAUGUGGAGCUUUCAGAGGAAGAAAGGCAAAUCUAUGAGUCUCUGAAGAACGAAGGCAAGGCUGUUAUUAGCAGGUAUGUCAGUGAAGGAACCAUACUCUCACAUUAUGCAGAUGUUUUAGCUGUGCUGGUGAGACUGAGACAGCUUUGCUGCCACCCCUUUCUUGUGUCAAGUGCUUUAUCUUCCAUUACUACUACUGCUGACUCCACUCCAGGAGAUGUGCGUGAGAAGCUCGUUCAGAAGAUAAAGCUGGUUUUGAGCUCCGGCUCAGAUGAGGAAUGCGCCAUAUGUUUGGAUUCUUUAAACAUGCCAGUUAUUACUUACUGUGCUCAUGUAUUCUGCAAACCUUGUAUCUGUCAGGUUAUCCAGCAUGAAAAGCAAGAAGCCAAAUGCCCCCUGUGCAGGGGUUCCUUACGGCUGGAUCAGUUGGUCGAGUGUCCCCAGGAAGACCUAGAUUCCAGUAUAAAUAAGAAGCUGGAGCAGAAUUGGAUGUGCAGUACUAAAAUAAAUGCCCUAAUGCAUGCCUUGGUGGAUCAGAGAAGGAAGGAUGCAACAGUUAAAAGUAUUGUUGUGUCUCAGUUCACCUCCUUCUUAUCUGUGAUUGAAGUGGCACUUCGAGAGUCGGGCUUCAUGUUUACACGCUUGGACGGCUCAAUGACACAGAAAAAGCGAACCGAAGCAAUUCAGAGCUUCCAGAGGCCAGACGCACAGUCACCAACCAUUAUGCUCCUGUCACUGAAAGCUGGAGGGGUUGGUUUAAACUUGACCGCUGCUUCGAGAGUGUUUUUAAUGGAUCCUGCAUGGAAUCCUGCUGCUGAAGAGCAAUGCUUCGAUCGGUGCCACAGACUCGGCCAGACCAAGAAAGUGAUCGUAACCAAGUUUGUGGUACGGAAUUCAGUGGAAGAAAAUAUGCUAAAAAUUCAAAGCAAAAAGCGAGAACUUGCUGCGGGAGCUUUUGGGAAAAAGAAAUCUAGUUCCAGUCAGUUAAAACAAGCGCGGAUUGAAGACAUAAGGACUCUGGUUGAUUUAUAAAGCUCUCGUCACUUGGGACAGUGUUACUUUUAUCUGAAGAUUUAUUUUGUACAAAAAAAAGUUGACACUGUGUUUAACCAUUUUGUGACCAGAGUGUGUGGCCUUUAACCCACUAAUAAAGUGGAAUGGAAAGAG